CCUCUCAGCUCUGAGCUGUCUGCCUUCCAGGUACCCCUGGGAUGGCGUGAGCGCUCCCCCAGCGAUGGACCCAUCUGUGACACUGUGGCAGUUUCUGCUGCAGCUGCUGAGAGAGCAAGGCAAUGGCCACAUCAUCUCCUGGACCUCAAGGGAUGGUGGUGAGUUCAAACUGGUGGAUGCAGAGGAGGUGGCCCGGCUGUGGGGACUGCGCAAGAACAAGACCAACAUGAAUUAUGACAAGCUGAGCCGGGCUUUGCGAUACUACUAUGACAACCCAAGCCUGCUGGGUGGGCCAGGACCUGAACGGACUCCAGGAUCAGGAACUGGCUCUGGUCUGCAGGCACCGGGGCCAGCACUGACACCAUCCCUGUUACCUACACAUACAUUGACCCCGGUGCUGCUGACGCCCAGCUCGCUGCCCCCCAGCAUUCACUUCUGGAGCACGCUGAGUCCCAUCGCGCCCCGUAGCCCGGCCAAACUCUCCUUCCAGUUUCCGUCCAGUGGCAGCGCCCAUGUGCACAUCCCUUCCAUCAGCGUGGAUGGCCUCUCGACCCCCGUGGUGCUCUCCCCAGGGCCCCAGAAUGUUGAGGAAUAG